CAGUGUUGCAGAAUCAAAACAAGCAAAGUGCUCGAAGUAUUUUAUAUUAAAAAGUUUAUUUUACCUAAUAGUAUCAGUGUAAAACAAAUUAUAUGUGUUUAAACGUUUUAAAAUAAAUGAAACAUGUUUGGAAUACAUUUGAGGCAGUUAUACCGCACCUGUGAUAAGGUUAUAAUUCGUAACCUCAGAAGUCGCAGGAUUGAUGGUAUAAAACCAAAUCCUGGCCUCAACAAUCGAUUGAAAGCUUUUCAAGAAGAUGGUAUGCAAAUAAAAGAAGAAAACCUUGAAGAAUUCGUCGAACAAUCUGAGAGCGACUUUUAUAAUGUCGGACAAGCAUACAAAGAAUUUAAAAAGGAGACCUUAAUGGGUAAACAUGAACUACGUCAUCACAUCGUUAAGGACAAGUACUUCAAAGAGCACAUGCCCAACUUACUGACUUGGAGUGAAAAGGAACAAAUCCGUCACUUGGCCAGCAGUGAACCUGAUGAAUGGACACCGGAGAGGAUUGCCGAGAGCUUUCCUGUAACCAUACCUUUUGUUAAGAAACUACUCAAAUUCCCAUGGAAACCAGCUACAGAAGAGCGGAUCGCGCGUCAUGAUGCCUCAGUCAUGAGGAAUUGGAGAGAACUGAAAGAGGGGUCCUUAGACAUACCCCCAGAGCUCAGGGAACAUUUCUUGAAGUUCUCUGAAAGAACCAUUCCUCCACUGAAGAAGGAAUCUAUUAAAAUUGACAUCACACCUGAAAGGGAUCUUGGAGAGUUUGAGAGGAUUGUUAGAAAAUGUGCAGCUAAGGAAAAUAAUGAGGCAAACACUGGACCUACUCACAAUAAUGAACCUCUUGCACUACAAAGUCCAGAUACUAAAACAAAUUCAAAAGAAAAACCACCAAGAAGAUCAGACAAAUUUAUAACCUUCGAUGAACUUACUGCGAAAAUUAAGAAAAGUUUAGAUAAAGGUAAUCAAGUUGAUAUUAAGGAUAGAAUUAUUUUAAGCUCAACAGAAGAACUAACACCUAGCCCUAUAGAGAAAGUUCCUAAGAAGGAGGUCCAACAAGAAUCGGAACUGUUCCAUGAUAAAUACCCUGAAAGUGGUAUAGUAGAGUUUAGGAGUGAUGUUGAAGAUCCAAAGGAGAUUAUGAAUUAUCCAGAAAGGAUAAGAAUUCCUAAAAAGGCAUACAAGAAAGGAGCCACAUAUAAAGUUAAUGAUUGCUAUUACGAUCAUGAUGGUAGAUUCUUAUACAGAGUAUUAGGCAUGUCUCAAUAAUAUAAUGUACAUAGAUAGGUUGAAUAAAUAAAACAAUUAAUAUUGAAGCCUUAUAUAUUUUUUUUAUAAAAAUUAUAUGCAUUUUAUUACACUUGUCAAAAUAAAAUAAUCUUUAUUCAAUAACAGAACUUUGCAAGUUAAUUGCAUGUCUUUUAUGACUGUAGCUUUGAAUAUACGAUUCAAUCUUCAUUUUUCUUAGGUGAUUAUUUUACAACAUGAAAUAACCCUUACAUGGCUUCAUUGUACAAUAUUACGGAACUAACAAUAUGGCUUGUACAUGAUUACUAGUGUACAUACAAUUCAAAGAUGAAAAUACAUUUUUAUUAUAAAAAUUGGAUACA